UGACUAAAAUUGCUUUAACUUGAAGCAAAGGUAGCUGUUAUUGUGCAACUUAUUAUGUUAUAGAAACAUACAGGGCCUAAUUUUCCUUAAAUUCAUGUUUAUUGUUCUGAUAUCUAGCAUGGUGCCUGAGGAUAUUUUAAUUUGCGUAGACCUCUGACUCGCUCUAUAAUUGGUCCAUAGUGACUGUUUCACCCUCUUUCAUCCAUAUAAAGUUAAAAUUUCCUACAGACACACUGAUAUUCAUCUUUUUGCUCAGCGGUAAAGCAAACUUAAUGGUGCGUCUUAAGCUGUGCCGAUGGCAUCGUUUGAUAGACCUUUUUAAUCUGUUGGUGGCAAUAAUCAGGCAGACAGACGACUCGGCCUGAAUUACAGACAGAAUGGAACUUUCCCCCACAACCAGCAGCCUGAUGGCCAGCAAUGUCACCAACAAGACGGAUCCGCGUUCCCUGAACUCCCGGGUCUUCAUCGGGAACCUCAACACCAUGCUGGUGACCAAGGCUGACGUGGAGGCCAUCUUCAGUAAGUAUGGGAAGAUCGUGGGCUGCUCUGUGCACAAAGGCUUCGCCUUCGUCCAGUACGUCAACGAGAGGAACGCCAGAGCUGCUGUUGCUGGCGAAGACGGGCGGAUGAUCGUCGGACAGGUGCUCGAUAUUAAUCUGGCUGGUGAGCCAAAACCCCAUCGGCCAAACACUAUUAAGCGCUCUGCAGGAGAUAUGUACAGUUCUUCAUUUGAUCUGGACUAUGACUUUCAGAGAGAUUACUAUGACAGGAUGUACUCGUACCCGUCGCGUGUUCCCCCUCCUCCUCCUCCUCCUCUCUCGCGGGCGGUGAUUCCCUCCAAACGGGCGCGAGUGAGCGUGAGCGGCGGCAGCCGCAGGACCAAGAGCAGCUUCUCCUCUAAGAGCAGCCAGCGCACGUCCCGUACCAUGAGAGCUGAUGAUCUACAAACCAUUAAGAAGGAACUGACUCAGAUUAAACACAAAGUGGACUAUCUGCUGGAGAGCCUGGAGCGCAUGGAGAGAGACCACAGCAAGAAAUCAGAGGUGAAGAGCACUAAACCAGAUGAAGUCUCACCGCAGCACUCCAGCGGCAAGAAAGAGCGCGAGAGCACAGAAAUGAACGACUACGAGGAUGAGGGAGACCUGCUGGAGGAAGAGGAGAUCAAGAGUCGAGGAAGGGAGGAUGAUGAGGAGGAAGAGGAAGGUGAGCAGGAGGAAGGAGAGGACGAUGGAGACAGCGCCAAUGGAGACCAUUCUUAAACAUGGACACACAUGCAUGCUCACCGUGAGAUAUAUAGAGUAGAUCCUCUGACCUUUAAUGCACCUAGUUUUAUUUUAUAAUUCCAGAACGAUAACUAAGACUCUGUGGAUCGUGAAAAUGACACUUUUUAGAUAAGUCGCAUGAACCCCUGACUUCAGCCAGCUUUCCAUGAGAUCACGCAAUUCUUGCAUUAAAAACAGUUGAGUGCUUUAGAAUUGAGAAAAUACUUUGGAUUGCAGUGAAAUCUCCUUCAUUGGUGUGACAUUGAACAAGUUUGCUGCCAAGCUUUUUUUAAAGACUGGCAACCCAACAGCUUGAUUGUGUUUGUUGAAAUUUGGAGGAGGAACCAAAAUACCAUUUAAAGGUUGUGCUUAGAUGAAGGUUAAAGCAAAAUAAGUAACCAGUUUCAUAACUUUUCAACCCCUAAAAGGCAAGCUCAGUAUUUGUCAAUAAUGAUUACUAUCCUGAACGACUAAUGUAGGUCUACUCGGUGGGACGGUGGUUUAGUGAUCAAAAUGCAUCGGAUUUGGAAAUUAGAGCUCUUAAAGAGACACUAACAUGUACGUUUUACCUUGUUAAUUGGUUUGCACCAAACGUACUCUGCCGGUACAAACAAAUUGGAUCAUUUCCCACUUCAGGCACGUUCAGGUCCUUCUCCUUUGGUGUUUUUAAAGUUGAUGCAUGAGUUACGGUGGUGAUAAUGGUGGCUGGAGUUCGGGAACGUUCUGCCAUGUUCUUGAGGUCAUUCACUCUUUAAACCGGCCUGUGCAGAUUGAGAUUGCACAGAUGCACUCAAAUGCUCAUGAACGUCUGUCUUCAAUGCUUUCUUUGAUUCUUGUGGUUGUGCAGAUUUCCGUUCUUAAAUGCACUGUUGAUCGUUGUCGCCGUCUUCCCAAACACAUACAAGUCGAUUAGAUUAUUUUGGCUUAUUAAGAGUCCCAAAUGGUUCUCCAACCGAGUACCAAAUCUCUUGACGGACUUUAGUCCCCAAACCCUAACGAACUGAACCCAUUCGUUCUUGUCUGUGCGCUGGCUCAGGCACAGCAAUGUUCCUCUAGGACUCGUUUUGGGAAUAAAUGUAGAGUUACUCGUCUUGACCAGUGUGGCCCCGUUCUGUUAUUUAACCUCACAGAAAUACAGUUUGAUUGAAUUGAACUGUUUUAUAUUCCAUAUGUGGUCACUGAGAGUGUGAUUGUACAGUCAACGUCAUUUUACCUGUCGGUUUGUGUCUGUGUACAGUGACACUAAGAGGAGAGUUUCCUUCUGGUAAAUACACAAUGUGUUUGUAGCCAUUUUGUUUCCAUUCGUUCUGUUUGUCUUUUGUUUGAUCUGUGUUAUAAGUUGCAAUAAAACUACAAGUGGUCAUGA